CUCACCCCCCCCGAGACACACACCCCGAGACACACCGCCUCCAGCCCCCGGGGGCAGCCAGAGCCGAUAAGAAUAAAAGACUCUAUGGAGCAGGAAUCCGACAAGAGUAAGCCACGGUCAAAGAGGCCAGAUAAAGCGCUGUACGUGCCCAGAGCACUACGCCACUCGCCAGCACCACCUGAAGGGGUUCCCAGAGCCGGGCAAGAGGGGGAAGGGGAUUCCGCCGAGCGAAAGGAACCACCAAACACAUCUGAUGCAAUAGAAAAGUGGGAGACGGGGGCACCUCCCAUAGUAGACUCUUGCAGCGAUGCCGGGGAAGUACAUAGCGAGCGGAUAUUCACUCAAGACAACACGGCCCAAAAGGAGAGAAGUGAAAGAGAACGCCUCAAUAAAGACAUGGAAAAACAGCCGCUUUCAGAGAAAAAGAAGCCGACUUCAGACCCUGAAAGACACAGCAGCUCUGGAGAAAGAAAGCAAUUGGAGUCAAAACACUUAAAAGCAGCAGAAGAUAUUGUCCAUGCAAAGACAGGAACAAGCGAUAGUAAAUUGCCCAGUGGAGAUGAAGAAGCAGUUUAUAAACAGAUGCUAUCAGAAAUAUGUAAUGAUAUUGAUGCAGUAACUAAUUCUUUACUUGACUCUGCCAGCUCAGUAGCUGAGAGUAAUGGAGAAGGGACAGAAUCCAGUUGGGAAGAAAUGCGAGACCUUGACGAACAGACUGUACCAGACACAUCUAACGACAAGCAGUCAGUGCCCACGAGUAAUGAAGGGCCUGGUAAUGUGGAUUCAAUAGAGAAAAAGCAGGAGUCUGACACAAACAAAUCUCUCCCCGAAGAAACUGUCUCUCAGUUGAACAGAAGUUCUGAUGCAGGCGUAUCCUUUAAAGAAAAUGAGCUAGAACCUUCUCAAUUAGUCAGCCACCAGCAUUGUGUAUCUGUGAGUUAUCCUGCACCACACUGCCCAGGAACAGUCAACAUGGGACAGGAUGAAGGAAGAAGCAUUGGACAGAACGCCUGCACUCAGCAACAUGAAGAAAGUAGUUUGGAAGAGACUUUUAGUGAAGUAACUACCAAGGCUGCAGUGCGUGAAGCCAGUAUAGAUAAAGGCCUCUGCUCACAGCAAACUGAGGUGCUGUUACUAACAGAAGGCCAGAGUGUCUCUUGGCCCACUGACUUACGUGAAAGCAAAGUGAGCUCAGAUUCCCAAUAUUGUAGCGUGAUUACCAUGUCAGACGAGCAGGGUUUAAGGGAAGAACCCAAAGAGACGGUGUCUGCCGAGGAAAUGGGCAUGAAUAUGGGUCCAAUGGACUGUGAGAUUUCCAGGGUCGGGGAAGCCACUAGGAGCGAUGCUGUGAGAGACGGGGAUGGAAUGGCAGGAGCUUUGCACAGGUUGACUGUCGGUGCAGAGGAAGGGGAGAGUGUUGAAGAGCCUGAGGAGGACAGCUGGGAUGCCCUUUUCGAUGAUGAUGGAGAAUGUUUAGACCCUCACCUUCUGGAAGAGCUGACGUCCAACAGCAAGCCCAAGAGAAGUAUCCAGGACCCUCAGUUUGACUACUACAACUAUCAGCCGGCAGAACAAGACCUGGACGAUUCUGAAUUUUCCCACAUCCUUGAGAUCUACGACUUCCCUUCAGGAUUCAAGACUGAGGAUUUACUCCGAGCUUUCUCAGAUUAUCGGAAGAAAGGAUUUGACGUGAAGUGGGUGGAUGACACGCAUGCUUUAGCCUUAUUCGCCAGCGCAAUUGCAGCACGUGAUGCCCUCGCCGGCAGACAUCCCAUGCUGAAAACCCGACCUUUGUCACAAGCCUCGAGAUCAGCGAAGGUGAAGGCGAGAAGCUGUGCAGAUUUUCUCUUGUCCACGAAGGAGAGGCCACAGACUAGCGCCGUGCUUGCCAGGCGCCUGGUCAUCGGAGCCCUGGGAGUGAAAAGCAAACAGACCAAAGAGGAGCGGGAGGCUGAGCGGAAAAAACUGCAGGAAGCCAGAGACCAGAGACGCCUCGUGGCCAAACAGAUCGAGGACGCCUGGGAGGGAAGGUAACCCGGCAGCACGUCCCGCAACCCACCGCGGCGAGCGAGGGGCACAGACUCUGCACCGAUUCCUCCCUGUCGGCAAACCCUCGGCUGAAGAGGGGAGAGAGAGAGAGGGAGGGAGAGAAAACUGUCUUCAACAGCUUCGGUCACUUGGCGAGCCUUAUACACUGUCUUUAUGAUGUUCACAGCACCUGAACUCUGCACACGGGAGAGACUGGCUGAGUGGGGUGGGGGGGUGGGUGAGGGGGCAACUAGCCACGUUGAACAUCCAUUCCAAAUGAACCCGCGGCUUGUUUGAGGAAGCAGAGUACAAAAACUAGGGUGUGUUUGAGAGAAGGAGAGAGAGAGAAGUGUGCGUGUGUGAGAGAGAGGCUUUUAUUCUUAGAGGAACAGACGGAGAUGCUUAGGAAAUGGGUGAUUUUCUAUGUGCUGCUUAAGCAGGAAUGCUCUGAAGGUGCUUUCAUUCAUUCACAAAAUGCCGUGUGUUACAUUGGCAGUAGCUCACACAUAAGAGCCAGUUGUUGCAGGCGGCUGUUACAGGGCACCAGGGCUGCUUCACUGGGUUGACCUGUUCCCUGGGAGAAAGGGAUCAGAUCGACAGCUGUGGAAAUUCUUUCAGUUUUGUCCGGGAAAAGAACACAAGGAAUCCUGGAACUUGCAAGUAAACGGCUCCUUCCCCACACCCACCCGCCCACAACCACUGCUCUCACAGAUACUCCCAAAGGAGUCAUCCAUCACCACCAUUCAAACCAGCCCCCUCUCGCCCCCCCAAACACGCACACACAUACAAACACACACAGAUCUC